AUGUUCGAAAUGGUUCUAGUUAUCGUCCCAAUCAAGUUUCAGAGCGUUACAGUUUCUCGAAAUGUGUUUUUCCAAUUUUUUUCUAUUAUUUUCGUACUAAGGGUAGUUUUUAACACACUCUGACGGCAGGUAAAGGGUUGUCCUUUGGUGGGAAUGUUCGAAAUGGUUCUAGUUAUCGUCCCAAUCAAGUUUCAGAGCGUUACAGUUUCUCGAAAUGUGUUUUUCCAAUUUUUUUCUAUUAUUUUCGUACUAAGGGUAGUUUUUAACACACUCUGACGGCAGGUAAGGGGUUGUCCUUUGGUGGGAAUGUUCGAAAUGGUUCUAGUUAUCGUCCCAAUCAAGUUUCAGAGCGUUACAGUUUCUCGAAAUGUGUUUUUCCAAUUUGUUUCUAUUAUUUUCGUACUAAGGGUAGUUUUUAACACACUCCGACGGCAGGUAAGGGGUUGUCCUUUGGUGGGAAUGUUCGAAAUGGUUCUAGUUAUCGUCCCAAUCAAGUUUCAGAGCGUUACAGUUUCUCGAAAUGUGUUUUUCCAAUUUGUUUCUAUUAUUUUCGUACUAAGGGUAGUUUUUAACACACUCCGACGGCAGGUAAGGGGUUGUCCUUUGGUGGGAAUGUUCGAAAUGGUUCUAGUUAUCGUCCCAAUCAAGUUUCAGAGCGUUACAGUUUCUCGAAAUGUGUUUUUCCAAUUUUUUUCUAUUACUUUCGUACCAAGGGUAGUUUUUAACACACUCUGACGGCAGGUAAGGGGUUGUCCUUUGGUGGGAAUGUUCGAAAUGGUUCUAGUUAUCGUCGCAAUCAAGUUUCAGAGCGUUACAGUUUCUCGAAAUGUGUUCUUCCAAUUUUUUUCUAUUAUUUUCGUACUAAGGGUAGUUUUUAACACACUCUGACGGCAGGUAAGGGGUUGUCCUUUGGUGGGAAUGUUUGAAAUGGUUCUAGUUAUCGUCCCAUUCAAGUUUCAGAGCGUUACAGUUUCUCGAAAUGUGUUUUUCUAAUUUUUUUCUAUUAUUUUCGUACUAAGGGUAGUUUUUAACACACUCUGACGGCAGGUAAGGGGUUGUCCUUUGGUGGGAAUGUUCGAAAUGGUUCUGAUGAUCGUUUCACUGAGUUUGAUGGUGUUACAUUUUUCCGAAAUGUGCUUUUCCAAUUAUUUUAAUAAUAAGGGUUGA